AUGAAGAACCAGAGUUUUGUUACUGAGUUCAUACUCCUGGGGCUUUCACAGAACCCAAAAGUUGAGAAAAUAUUAUUUGUUGUAUUUUUGUUGGUCUACCUUGCUACUAUUGGGGGCAACAUGAUGAUUGUGGUGACCAUCGUCCAUAGCCCUGCACUGAUGGGCUCCCCCAUGUACUUCUUCUUGGCAUUCCUGUCUUUCCUGGAUGCAUGUGUUUCUUCUGUUGUCACACCCAAGAUGAUUGCAGACUUCUUCUACGAGAAGAAGACCAUCUCCUUUGAAUGUUGUAUAACACAGGUCUUUGCUGUCCAUUUCCUUACUGCGGUGGAAGUGAUUAUCUUGGCAACCAUGGCCUAUGACCGCUAUGUAGCCAUUUGCAAACCCUUGCACUACUCUUCCAUCAUGAAUAGGAGGCUCUGUGGUGCCCUGCUUGGGGUAGCAUGGAUAGGAGGCUAUUUGCACUCUAUCAUACAGAUUAUCUUCACUUUGCCUCUGCCUUUCUGUGGACCCAAUGUCAUUGAUCAUUUCAUAUGUGACUUGUUCCCAUUACUGAAGCUUGCCUGCACUGACACACACAUGUUUGUCUUUUUGGUGUUUGCCAACAGUGGGUCCAUCUGCAUCAUCAUCUUCUCCUUGCUGCUUGUCUCCUAUGGUGUCAUUUUGUUCUCUCUGAGAGAAUGCAGCUCUGCAGGGCGGCGUAAAGCUCUCUCCACCUGUGGAUCCCACAUUACUGUUGUGGUUUUUUUCUUUGUUCCAUGUUUAUUAAUAUAUGCACGACCUACAACUGCACUUUCUUUUGAGAAAUAUGUGUUUGUAUUUACAGAUGUCAUGACACCAUUGUUUAAUCCUAUGGUUUACACUUUCAGGAAUAAGGAAAUGGUAAAUGCCAUCAGGAAAAUGUGGAAAAGAUUUACAGUAGUUUCUGAUAAAUAUUAA